AUGCAGCCAGAGAGGAGUCCCCUGAAUUUUGGUCCUAGAUACCAGCAAAAUUCUUUCACAUACGAUGUUAAACGAGAUGUGUACAACGAGGAAAGCUUUCAACAGGAACACAGAAGAAAAAGCAGUUCCUCAGGGAAUCUGGACGUCAACGUUACCACCAUCAGACACCAUGUUCAGUGCCGCUGCUCAUGGCACAGGUUCUUAGGGUGCAUGCUCAUGAUCUUUCCCUUCCUGGAGUGGGUAUGUUUGUAUCGAAUCAAGGAUUGGCUUCUUGGAGACUUACUUGCUGGUAUAAGUGUUGGCCUUGUACAAGUUCCCCAAGCCCUGAUGUUUAGUUUGCUGGGAAGGCAACUGAUUCCUCCUCUCAAUAUCGCUUAUGCAGCUUUCUGUUCUUCAGUAUUUUAUGUAAUUUUUGGAUCAUGUCAUCAAAUGUCUCUUGGUUUCUUCUUUCUUGUGAGUGCUCUGAUGAUCAAUGUCCUGAAGGUGAACCCAUUCAACAGUGGUCACCUGGUAUUGGGAACUUUCAUCAAGGAAGACUUUACUAAUCCCGAGUUCAUUAUGGACUAUAGCAGAUCCUUGAAUGUGGUGGCAUCCACGACUUUCCUGGCUGGAAUUAUUCAGCUAUGCAUGGGCAUGCUAGGCUUUGGUUUCAUCGCCACCUACCUUCCGGACGCGUUCAUCAGUGCUUAUCUGGCUGCCACAGCUCUACACAUCAUGAUAUCCCAGCUGACCUGUGUCUUCGGGAUUAUGAUUGGUUUCCACUCCGGUCCAAUCUCCUUCUUUUAUAAUAUAAUUAGCUACUGUGCUGCACUACCAAAAGCUAAUUCCACCAGCAUCUUGCUAUUUCUAACUGUUUUAGUUGCUCUGAGAAUCAACAAAUGUAUCAAAAUUUCUUUUAAUCGAUAUCCCAUCGAGUUUCCCAUGGAAUUUCUAUUGAUUGUUGGCUUCACUUUAAUUUCAAACAAGCUAAGCAUGGUUACAGAAACCAGCAGGAUGCUCACUGAGAUGAUUCCUUAUAGUUUCCAGUUUCCUGUAAUACCGGAUAUGAAUAUUCUUGGCAAGGUUAUUUUACAAGCUAUCUCUCUAGCUUUAGUGAGCUCAGCUCUGCUUAUAUUUCUGGGCAAGAAGAUUUCUACUAUGCAUAACUACAAUGUCAAUUCCAAUCAGGAUUUACUAGUCACUGGCGUUUGCAAUCUCAUCAGUUCACUUUUCAGAUGUACUGUGUUUACUGCCGAUAUAGCCAGGACUGUUAUCCAGGAUAAAUCUGGAGGAAGACAACAGUUUGCAUCUCUGAUAGGCGCAGGGUUGAUGCUGCUGCUGAUGGUGAAGAUGGCAAGCAUUUUCAACCAACUGCCAAAUGCUGUGAUGGCUGGUAUUAUUCUGAGCAACGUCUUGACCUACCUUGAAACCAUUGCCCACCUACCUGAUCUGUGGAGCCAGGACCAGUAUGAUUGUGUUAUAUGGCUGGCAACUUUAUUGUCUGUACUUUUUCUGGGACUGGAUGCUGGACUACUUGUUUCAGUAGCUUUUUCCUUCUUCAUCAUCACCAUUCGGUCACACAGAGCUAAUUUUUUGAUCCUGGGUCAGAUCCCUAACACCAACAUUUAUAGGAGCAUCAGUGACUACCGGGAGAUUACAAGCAUUCCUGGCGUGAAAAUUGUCCAGUGCUGCAACUCCAUUACUUUUGUAAAUGUUUACUACCUGAAGAAAAAGCUGUUAAAAGAAACCGAGAUGAAUGUGGUUCAUCUUACAGAAGAAGAGAUUCUCAACCAGUUUGGUGAUAGUGCCGAGAAUGAGAGCAGCGAACCUGUAGAUAGGGGUUGUAGGUGCUUCUGCAACUGUGACGAACCAGAACCACCACCAAGGGUUGUCUACACAGAACGAUAUGAAUAUAAACCGGGUUCUUACUCCUCUUCCUCCAUUAACCUGGUCCGAUGCUCACGCUUCGAGAACGUGACAGUCAGCCAAACUUCUACAUCUGAUGAGGAAAUACCAUAUACGUUAUCUUCCCCAUAUCAGAGAAAUCAAGGGCAAAACUUGGAGGAGAUGGACAAAACCUCUAUGCUUAAUACCCAUUUGAGAAACAACACACCACCAUUGCCUGGCACUGCCGAAAGUCAGGGGAGGAAUAGAUCAUACUUACCUUACUCAGAUGUUUCUCUUCUGCCUCCCAUCCACACUAUCAUCUUGGAUUUCUCCAUGGUCCAUUAUGUGGAUCCAAGAGCCUCAGUCAUAUUAAGGCAGAAUGAAGACUCAAUAUAUCAAACGAACAAUGGCAGCCAAGAUAUCUCCCAACCAAGUCCAGGCUUCAGGAAUUUAAUUCUGGGGCCAAGAAAAGAAAUACGGGAUAAUUCAGAGCUAGAUCUAGAGAUGGAGCCCAUGCUUGAUUCAGAACAAGAAAAUCUGAACCGAGACCUGGAGUCAUUGCUGGAGCCUGACUCUGAGAUAGAUCUUGACUCAGAGCUAGAGCGCAAGUCUGAGAUGGAUAUGCUGGAGACUGAUGCGGACAUUGAGCCCGAGCCACAACCAGGGCCUAAACCCAGGAAAAACACUUUUAACCUUUCUCCAAAGACACAAAGGCCUCAGUAUCAGACUCUGUAUCAGGGUAGUUCCCAGUCUCAGCCUCAAACAGGGUCUGAGAGGAGGUAUCACUAUAGGAAUUUGCCCUUAUCUAAGGGCAAUAAUGUUGAAGAUCCCUGGGAAGAAAAUUGGGUAUAA